CGCGUUUUUCCCGGCCCCCCCCAACCCCCCCGGACAGGACCCCCUUGAGCUCGUCCCUCAGCUGCCACCAUGAGCGACCAAGAUCACUCCAUGGAUGAAAUGACAGCAGUGGUGAAGAUUGAAAAGGGAGUUGGUGGCAAUAAUGGGGGCAAUGGCAACGGUGGCGGUGCCUUUUCUCAGGCUCGGAGCAGCAGCGCGGGCAGUAGCAGCAGCAGCGGAGGAGGUGGAGGCGGGCAGGAAUCCCAGCCAUCCCCUUUGGCUCUGCUGGCAGCAACUUGCAGCAGAAUUGAGUCUCCCAAUGAGAACAGCAACAACUCCCAGGGCCCCAGCCAGUCAGGGGGCACAGGUGAGCUUGACCUCACCGCCGCACAACUUUCACAGGGUGCCAAUGGCUGGCAGAUCAUCUCCUCCUCCUCUGGGGCUACCCCUACCUCAAAGGAACAGAGUGGCAGCAAUACCAAUGGCAGCAAUGGCAGUGAGUCUUCCAAGAACCGCACCGUCUCUGGUGGGCAAUAUGUAGUGGCUGCCACCCCCAACUUACAGAACCAGCAAGUUCUGACAGGAUUACCUGGAGUGAUGCCCAACAUUCAGUACCAAGUAAUCCCCCAAUUCCAGACCGUCGAUGGGCAGCAGCUGCAGUUCGCCACCACGGGGGCCCAAGUGCAGCAGGAUGGUUCUGGUCAGAUACAGAUCAUACCAGGUGCAAACCAACAGAUCAUCACAAACCGAGGAAGUGGAGGCAACAUCAUCGCUGCUAUGCCAAACCUGCUUCAACAGGCUGUCCCCCUCCAAGGUCUGGCCAAUAAUGUGCUCUCAGGACAGACUCAGUAUGUGACCAACGUCCCGGUGGCCCUGAACGGGAACAUCACCUUGCUACCUGUCAAUAGCGUUUCUGCAGCUACCCUGACUCCCAGCUCUCAGGCAGUCACCAUCAGCAGCUCGGGGUCCCAGGAGAGUGGCUCACAGCCCGUCACCUCAGGGACGACCGCCAUCAGUUCCGCCAGUUUGGUGUCAUCACAAGCCAGCUCCAGCGCCUUUUUCACCAAUGCUAACAGCUACUCCACGACGACUACCACCAGCAACAUGGGAAUCAUGAACUUCACCACCAGCGGAUCAUCAGGGACCAACUCUCAAGGUCAGACACCCCAGAGGGUCGGGGGGCUGCAGGGGUCUGAUGCGCUGAACAUCCAGCAGAACCAGACGUCUGGAGGCUCCCUGCAGGGAAGUCAGCAGAAGGAGGGAGAGCCAAACCAGCAGACACAGCAACAGCCGAUUCUGAUCCAGCCUCAGCUAGUUCAGGGGGGACAGGCCCUCCAGGCCCUCCAAGCGGCGCCAUUGUCAGGGCAGACCUUUACAACCCAGGCCAUCUCCCAGGAAACCCUCCAGAACCUCCAGCUGCAGGCUGUUCCAAACUCUGGCCCCAUCAUCAUCCGGACACCAACCGUUGGGCCCAAUGGACAGGUCAGUUGGCAGACUCUUCAGCUGCAGAACCUCCAAGUUCAGAACCCACAGGCCCAGACAAUCACCUUGGCCCCGAUGCAGGGUGUUUCCUUGGGGCAGACCAGCAGCAGCAGCACCACCCUUACACCCAUUGCCUCAGCUGCCUCCAUCCCUGCCGGCACAGUCACUGUGAAUGCUGCUCAACUCUCCUCCAUGCCAGGCCUUCAGACCAUUAACCUCAGUGCGUUGGGUACGUCAGGAAUCCAGGUGCACCAGCUCCCAGGCCUGCCGUUGGCCAUAGCAAAUGCCCCAGGUGAUCAUGGAGCUCAGCUUGGCCUCCAUGGUGCUGGUGGUGAUGGAAUACAUGAUGAUACAGCAGGUGGAGAGGAAGGCGAGAACAGCCCAGAUCCCCAACCCCAGGCUGGUCGCAGGACCCGCCGGGAAGCAUGCACCUGUCCCUACUGUAAAGAUAGCGAAGGAAGGGCCUCUGGAGAUCCUGGCAAGAAAAAACAGCAUAUUUGCCACAUUCAAGGCUGUGGGAAAGUAUAUGGCAAGACUUCACACCUACGGGCACACUUGCGCUGGCAUACAGGCGAGAGACCAUUCAUGUGUACCUGGUCCUACUGUGGGAAACGCUUCACACGUUCGGAUGAGCUCCAGAGGCACAAACGCACACACACAGGUGAAAAGAAAUUUGCCUGUCCUGAGUGUCCUAAGCGCUUCAUGAGGAGUGACCACCUGUCAAAGCAUAUCAAGACUCACCAGAAUAAGAAGGCAGGCCCAGGUGUUGCCCUGAGUGUGGGCACUUUGCCCCUGGACAGUGGGGCAGGUUCAGAAGGCAGCGGCACUGCUACCCCGUCAGCCCUUAUUACCACCAAUAUGGUAGCCAUGGAGGCCAUCUGUCCAGAGGGCAUUGCCCGUCUUGCCAACAGUGGCAUCAACGUCAUGCAGGUGGCGGAUCUGCAGUCCAUUAAUAUCAGUGGCAAUGGCUUCUGAGAUAGGCACCCGGGGCCAGAGACACAUGGGCCAUACUUGUCAACCCUGGGAUACAAGGUAGCAUGGGUCCAAGAGACAUGUGGGAGAGUGAAGCCAUGAGGCAUUAAAAUGCAUGGUGGUAGAAGAGUUGGGGAAGGCAAACGAGAGAAGCGAUGGGGUCCUGGCACCUACCUGUGUGUCAUCAGUGCCUUUCUGAAGGCGGGAGACAUUAGUGAACAUUCUACUGAUGCCACCCUUUGAUGAGUGUUUGACCCUGGUUUCUUUUUACACUUCUGACCCCAGCCUCUCCUUCCUGCAUUUCCCUUCUCAGCUCUCUCAUGAUGGAUCCCCCCUUUCCUAAAGCCAUCAUGCCUUGAUAAAUAUAUAUGAUCAUUGAAAUACUUUUUAACAAAAAAGAUUCUAUAUUAUAUAUAUAUAUUAUAUAUAAAAAGAUAUAUAGAGAUGCAUUCACAGGGGUUGGCUGGGAGGAGGAAGGAGACCAUUCUGUGACCAAAAUACCUUGGUCAUUUUUUUUUUAUAUUGCCUUAUUUUCCUAUGGCUGAGCCUUGUUGUGACACAUCAAGCUUUUCUGUGGAUGUUGUCUUGGCUACCCACCAGAUUAAGCGUUCAUAUCUUCAGCUUUUAGUUUAAUUAUACAAACAUAAUGUUUUUCCUUUCUUAAUUUUGUAUUUUUAUUUGGGAUCAGCUUCUUGCACUCCUUUCCUGACUCCGCCCUUUCUGUCUGCCCCUCUCUCUCCUGGUCACUUCACACUUUGUGUUUGAUAGUGAUCCCUAGGUGAGGCACUUCUGUCCAUCUUUUCAAGACAUUAGUCCCAGCAGCAGAAUGGAAAAACCUCAGAACUCAGGCUGAUGCUUGAGGUAGCUGUGGCGGGAGUGCUCAAAAUACUACUGACGCAGGCACCUUCUUGGCGCCGGAGAGUCAAACACAUCUCCCCUCACUAGCUGCUGUAAACGUGAAGAAUCGGAAGCCUUUCUGUGGAACUAUACAAGAGAUGCUUUGAAGGUGAUGAUCUGAAAUCACUUUGCUUAAACUUUAAAAAGUGGUCAAAUGAUAGGUAGAAGCCUUCAGUAAGGAAAAGAUGUGUUCAGAAGAGGAAGUGACUCGUAGUAGUCAGAUUCAGAAGUUAGUGGAGUAUUUGGACUUGGGCACCGUUGUCUUCCAGGGUAACACUAAGCCUUGAUGUGUGGAGCUCUGAGUUCAGAUCCUGAAAGGAAACAUACUUCCUCUUGAACACCCCCCAUUAGUUUCUUUUCCAUUCUGUUGUUAAGGAGCAUCAGCCAAUGAAUGUGUUCCAGGUUUCCAUUCUGCAGAACUCCAGAGCAUGUCCUAGUGGCAAGACAGUUGUUCUUAGGAUCUUUUCCCCAGACUCUUCCCUGUAUGUACUUGGGUGGUUCCUAGGGGAAAAAGAAGCAUGCGAUCAUGGGAAUGAUAGCCCAGAACAAAAAGAAAUCUUGUCUUACCACUGGUUUAUAGGAGAGAUUGGGAGAAACCAUCCUACUUUCUCCGUGGCCUGAUUCCAGAAGAGACUGAUCCAAAAAUUAUAGCGGCAGGGAACUCUUAGUGCGUUUGGCACUGAGAUUUAAAUGCAACCAGAGUUGUCCUCAAGGCCCAGCCAUUAAAAGCAUUGUCUCUCUUGACCUUCUGGUAUCUUGUUAGAGAGCUUUUCACUGUGAGGAAGUGUGGAAAUGGCUGUGUGUAUGUGUGUAAUCUGUUAGGUUGGGGGUAGGUUUAUUGUUAGCCAAUAUGAAAAAAGACCUGCAAUAAAAAAUAACCCUGAUCUGAUAGAAAGUGCAGUGUUUGUGGAUGACUGUGUGUGAGUGUGUGUGUGUUCCUGUAUAUAUCUACAUACAGAUGAGAAAUUAUAUUUGAAAUUGUUGGAAAAUAAAUCAAAUUCAGAUCAAAAUGCCUUUCAGGCCCAUUACCUAGAAAUCUACCUUACAACCUGGGUAUGUUCCUGAGGUAAUUUCUCUGCUUUUGCUAAAUCAUUUACAAUUAUGAAUGGGGGAUAUUCUGCACUUUUUAAAGAAGGAACUAUUUUUGUGUUUGAAAGUGAAACCAACAUCCAGAGCUAUAGCAGAGUUUUGUCCUUUUCUUAUGUCUUUUUUAUCUUGGCUACAAAAGAUGAUGCUAUGAUUCUACUAUAUAUUUUAUAUAAAAUUCACCCAGAUUAGAUUUUGGGUAACUUUAUGUUGUUUAACCUGAAAUAUAAUAACUGUUAAUACUCUAUAUACUAGUUCACUCCUUUCUCUGCAGACUUCUUAUACCACUCAGGAACUAUUGCAAGGAACUUGACCCAGUGCAGAUCCUGUUAGUGCUGAAGUAAAAGCCAUCCAUGCCCAGCCACUUUCACACCCUUUAUCCCCACUGAAAGGCAGAACUCAGACCUGUUAUUUUAUGUCUGUAAUCAUGUGCUUUGGCGUAUUUUGGAGGAAAGGGGCAGGAUCAACUGGAGUGAGCAGUGUUUUGCUAGAGCAUUUCAAGGGAUGGAACCUUCUCCAGUAUGAAAUUGUUAGCUACAAACUAGGUUAACAAUGCAGGAGACUGCAAGCAUUGAGGUUAUUUGAUUAUCUCUCUCUCUUGAAUGAAAAACUGCUGGUUUACCCUCGGCCCCCUUCAUUAGCAUUACCACGAGUGAACUGAUAGCCACUUCUUUCCACUUGCUCUGUUUACCUUACUACCAGGCAAGCUCCUGACCCGGCUCUCUUGUUUGGGCCCCUUGUCUUCCAGCAGCCGUGACUCGUGAGUCACUGGGUCUCCUCCAUCGCAAGCUGGGAGGCUGCGUUUUGUGAGCAGGAGCUCCUUACUGAAAAGCCCUUUUCCCAGAGCUUUCCAGCCAGCAGAAAUUAACUGACAUGUAUGUUGAUUCUGAAGUUUUUUCAUGAGUUUUUUUUUUUUUUAAUUAAUUAAUUUCUUCAAUGACCAAGCCUUGCGAGGCGGGGGAUGCCCAGAAGAGGGGUGCUGUGAAAGCACUCACUCCCUCGCCCUUUUGGGGCUCCCAGUCGCAUUGAUUCGCUCACCCUUUGACUUUCUCACUUUUUACCCACAGCAUCGCCCUUCAGGGCUCCCAGCCUGCACUCUGUCUGUGGGUGCUGUUCAGAAUGCAGUUUAAUGGAAAUUUCUCAGCUUGGUUUUAGGAUGAAUAAACCUUUGAUCCCAGAAAGUGUAGACUGAGUGUGGGGUAAAGAUUAUGAUUGGGGGAGGGUUGGAGACAAAAGCUGUAAAUUACUAUGGCUGAUUUAUUUCUACUAUAUACAUAUAUAUAUUUUUUGCUUUUGUAUAUCCUAUAUAGGGAAGUAAGCGUAUUUUUUUAACAAAUCUGAGAAAGCACUAUGAACUGCAGGUGUUUGACUGUCAGAGUAUAUUUUGUAUUGUUAAUAUCUUCACAUUGUGUGAAUACUGGAAGCUGCAGAUCUUUGCUAGAACGCAAUAAAUUUAUAUACUUUUUAAGGGGUUCUUCUGGGGGUGCUAAUCAGGCCCCUGUUAUGCUUUGGGGGAGCCCUGGUGCUACUUGCGUAGAGUUUUCCUUCAAUUUUAAGUACCCUGAUGCCUUUUGAACCUUGGGAUCAGAUCAGAAUAAUUUUGGAGAUCAGGUACCAAGGAAGAGAGGACAGUUUUGCUAACUCAAGUGGAGGUCCCUUUGCCUAGCUCCUCUUCCUCUAGCUGAAGCUGGGUAGUCUCCGGGGGUUGGGAGGAGAAAUGUGGAAUCUCAGAGUUUGAUCUUCACUUAGAAGGGAACCAGUAACUUCCAUGCGAGGAUGAAAGGUGGCAGCGGUAGCUUGGGGGAGAGGGAGGAGGAGAUGGCACUGCUCCAGCCCCGGAAAACCUUGCUUUUGAAAACUGCUGAUAAAAUAGGGGCAGGUUAUUGCUUUUGUUUGGGAGACUGUUCUCUCUCUAGUGCCUCUCUUGGCUCUACUCCGGGGGUGCAGACCUCCUCUGGGAGGAUGAGCAGACCAGCUUUGAGGUUGACCUGUUUCUUUUCUGUCUGCCUUCCCGAAACACCAGCCCCCCGGAAGACAUUAAGCAGCCAUAGGCUUACGUUUCUUUUCCCUCUUCAGAUUUGGCUCACUUGCCUUAGAUUGAAGAUUGGGAAAAGAAGGGGGAGUGCAUUGCUUCAUUUCUCCCUAAAUCUUCUCUACUCUGACCUCCUCAAGUCCCAAAAGACACCUUCCACAACCUCCUAUGUGAAAAAAGGAGAAUUUCAUCCUACCUUUCCCUUCUUCCAUAUGAAAGAGCCCCAGCCUUCUUUGUUUUUGCUAAGGGAGUAGAAGUGUAAUUUAUCUCUCAUCUCCCCCAAGUCCCAGCUCCGCAGGGAGGGUGGGGUUUCAGAUGGGGUUAGGCCACUGCUGCAGGCAGUGAAGACUUUGUUGAUCCCUCCCCUGGGCUGUGUGUUUUCCUGUAUUUCGCCUUCAGGAAUUCCACUGUGCCUUCUCCACAGGGGAAUGGGCUUUGUCUCCCCAGCUCUCCACUUCCCCAGUAACUGCUCUUGAACAGUGUGGACAAAGGCAGGUCUCAUACUUUUGAUCAUCCCUGUUCCCCACUGACAUCCUGUAACCCUUUUCUAGAGUUUAGGACACAAAGACUUUGAGGAGAAUGUGCUGAGAUUGACCUGAGGAGAUCCCUCCUACACACACCAAUGGCAGCUGCCCCAGGGCCUGCUCCCUCUUCCCAGGUCUGUCAUCCUCUGGGGGCGAGGGGUAGUGCUCCAAUCUCUGGUGCCUAAAACAAGUUAAUUUUUCUCUUAACACUGGCAAUAACCAGUCUCCAUACCACUGUUGCCUUUUCCUGAUAAUCUCACACUGUGUUAUCGGUUCCCAUCCAGUUGUCACCAGGGCUGUGUGGGUAAAUGCGUUUAAAUGCUCCCAUCCUGCUCUUUCCCCCUUCACCCUCGGGUGUGUACGAUGCUAAUCUUUGACCUUUCAGUUUCUUCCUGCUCCUCUUGUCUCUUCCUUUCUUGUCUCUCCCCCCUACCUUUUGUCUCUGGGUGUUUUGGGGGCGCUUUUUUUUUUUUUUUUUUUUUUUGGCCUUUUGUACAAAGAUUAGUUUCAAUGUAGUCUGUAGCUCCUUUGU